AAUGCAACGACACAAACACACACUCCAGAAACCCAAGAAAUGAACCCAACGCAGCUUCCACAGGCGCUUGGGCGCGUGUUAUCCUCGUCCGAGAUGAACAAAUCCCUCCCCGGCUCAGGAGAUAUCGAGUCUUCUCUAAUUCAAAUUUACAACCAUCACCACCAAAAUUCCCUCCAGCUCCGGGAUCAGGCUGAGAAAGCGAAGAAAGACGCGAUUAUGAAGGCGGGGAGAGUGUCGGAUUUGUUGGUGGAGGCCGUGAACGGCGGUGUGCAAGAGUCGUUUGUAAACGAGAAGCGAAUCGAGGCGGAGAUUCGUGCUUUGGCUUCUACCAUUGCUCGUUUCAUGAAGCAGACCGAUCAGUGGCUCGCUGCUUCUCACUCCAUUAACACCGCUGUUAAGGAAAUUGGAGACUUUGAGAACUGGAUGAAGAGCAUGGAUUUCGAUUGUAAGAGUAUCAACGCAGCAAUCCGCAACAUCCAUCAACAAUGAGUAGUACCAAUAAUAAUGAAAGAGAACCAAAUAUCUUGCUCAACACUGGAACACUUCAGAGUUCUUAGAUAAGAUGAGAUGCAAAGCUCCAUGUUCUGCUUGAAGCUUUACAUGCUGCAGGGAAACUAAAUCUCCUUUCCGUACGCGUCUGAAGAAAGACAAUGGAGUCCUCAGAUAGUCAGACUAUUGUGAGCUCCGAAUGGAACCCUCUUAGACUUUCUGAAGUUUCUAGAAUUAGGGGAGAUGAUUGAAGAAGAGUGACAUGGAAUUUUUAGGCCGACAUGGAGUUUAAAUUGUACUAUUUUACCCUUUUUAGGAAUAAAGCUAUUAUUUAAAAUAAGAUUUUGAACUACCUUAUGUUGAGAGAAAAAAAAAACGUUCAGUAGCAUACUCUCA